UGCAAGGGCGUGAUGACCAACCAGUUUUAGAUACUUGCCAUAUCCAUAUUCACAUAAGAUAGCCCCAAACCGCAUUGAACCCCGCCCCCCUCUCCUCCCACAUUUUCAGAUUCUUCUCUUUAUAUAUACCAUGACGUCUCGUAGUCAUCCAUAUAUGUUUUAAAGUUGAAAAUCUUGAUCUUCUUUUCACUCUCUUCUGUCCUCCUCCUUGUUUCAUUCAUUGCUUUACAGCAGAUAACCAUGGUGUCUCACCUAGUCAGAACUAUCCGAAAUGUAGUUGGGAUCACAGGGAACGUUAUCUCUCUCUUCCUCUUCUUGUCUCCUGUGCCAACUUUUGUUCGGAUUUGGAAGAAAGGGUCAGUGGAACAGUACUCCCCAGUCCCGUACCUGGCAACUUUAAUCAAUUGCAUGGUUUGGGUCAUUUAUGGCCUGCCUAUGGUUCAUCCCGACAGCACCCUGGUUAUCACCAUCAAUGGUGCAGGGACCGCCAUUGAGCUCGUCUAUUUAACCCUCUUCUUGAUCUUUUGCCAUGACAAGAAAAAGAGACUCAAAGUGCUGCUGAUCGCGUUGGUCGAGGUAGUUUUCAUGGCCCUUGUCGCUGCUCUGGUUCUCACAUUAGCUCACACCACUGAACGCCGGUCCAUGGUCGUCGGAAUUAUCGCAAUUUUGUUCAAUAUCAUGAUGUAUGCUUCGCCUUUAUCCGUCAUGAAACUGGUGAUCUCAACAAAAAGCGUAGAGUAUAUGCCCUUUUUUCUCUCCCUGGCUUCCUUUGCCAAUGGUGUUGCAUGGACUACAUACGCUUUCCUCCCUUUUGACCCAUUCAUUGCUGUUCCAAAUGGAUUGGGCACAUUGUUUAGCUUAGCGCAGCUGUUGUUGUACGCCACAUACUAUGAGUCCACAAAGAGAAUAAUAGCAGCAAGGAAAGAGACGAAGAUGGAAGUGAACCUAUCUGAGGUGGUCGUUAAUGGCAACCAUGAUCCCAAGAAGACCACCAGAGCAACUUAAGAAACCCAUUGAGACAUUUUUUUGGGGGUUAUGAUCAUUGUCUUGACACAGACAUGGUGCUAAACAAAGCAGCUCUUGUUACCAAAUACUUUGCCUUAUCAAGCCAUGUUUUAUUAUUAUUAUUGUCUCCUUUUUUAUUUCUUUUGUUAAUGUACGGGCUAUAAAGAGGUUUUAGUUUCAUAAUCAUGUGGCCCAUCUUAAAUAACCCAAUGCCAAGGGUUCUCUCAAAAAACAUGUUUCUUAUAACUUGAAAAAGCUCUUGCAACCAAAGAUCUUUAGGUUCGGUUGACAUACAGUAUGAAUCAAUUGAACUAAAUUUUAUAGUAUAUUUCUUUCUUUUCCAA